CUACCAUCUCCCUCUCCAGCCUCACCGCUACCACCACAACUUUCACCAAACCCUCACCAACCCCCCAACACUCUCAAAUCGACAUGUCUGGCAAAGGUGGCAAAGCUAAGUCUGGAGGAAAGGCGUCCGGUGGCGAGUCCAAGUCUCAGUCCCGCUCGGCCAAGGCUGGUCUUCAGUUCCCUGUCGGUCGUGUCCACCGUCUCUUGAAGAGGGGCAACUACGCUCAGCGUGUCGGUGCUGGUGCACCUGUUUACCUUGCUGCUGUCCUUGAGUACCUCGCUGCCGAGAUUCUCGAGUUGGCGGGCAACGCUGCGCGCGAUAACAAGAAGCAGCGUAUUGUGCCUAGGCACUUGCAGCUCGCCAUCCGAAACGACGAGGAGUUGAACAAGCUCCUCGGUGACGUCGUCAUCUCCCAAGGUGGUGUCGUGCCAUUCAUCAACCCCGAGCUCCUGCCAAACAAGACCGCAAAGGGCAAGAAGGGCGAGAGCCAAGAGGUUUAGACCUCUUGCUUUGUCUUCUCUUCCAACCCUUUUGUGUUCACGGAGUUCUGUGGAGUCAGUCUUCGUUGUUCACGUUCAUGUUUGACGACGUAUCUAUUGUAUUUGUCUGUACUAUUGGGCUUUGUUAACAUUAUUUCCUUUUUCGGUUGAACUGCCAUCUGCAUCCUACGUGCUUG